AUGACAGAACAAUUGGAUGCUGCAUUAGAUUUAUUCAGGCGUUUACCAUCUCAAGAUAUAGCAAGAAAUAUAGUAGCUGUUCUUGAAAAAGUACCUUAUUUAACAGAAGAUCUUUUAUCUUCAAUAGAUCAACCCUUACAAAUAAAGAAAUGUCCAAAGACAUCUAAAUUUUAUUUGUCUUGUGAUUAUAAUAGAGAUGGUGAUUCUUAUCGUUCUCCUUGGAGUAAUGAAUAUACUCCGGUAUUGCCGGAUGGAAUUGUUCCCAGUGAAAGGACUCGCAAGUUAGAAAUUGCCUUUAAUGAAGCAUUUGAUAUAUACCGGACUCUGUAUUAUGAAGGAGGUACUUCAAGUGUAUAUUUAUGGGAUCUUGAUAAUGGAUUUGCUGGUGUUGUAUUAAUUAAAAAAGAAUCAUCAAAAAAAGGAUAUUGGGAUUCUAUACAUGUUUUUGAAGUACCAUAUGGUUCUCGAACAGUGCGUUACAGAUUGACAAGUACAAUUAUAUUACAUAUGGUAACACAAAGUGAAUUAUUAGGACAAAUGAAUUUAAGUGGUAAUAUUACUCGACAGGUUGAACAAGAAUUACUAGUUAAUGAUUUAAAUUCUCACAUUGUUCAUGUUGGACGUCUUGUUGAGGAUAUGGAAAUAAAAAUGCGAAAUAUAUUACAAGAAGUUUAUUUUGGUAAGACAAGAGAUAUAUGUAAUGAUUUACGUUCAAUUUCUAAAUUAUCACGACAAAAAGAAGGUGUUCAGCUUCAAAGAGAAGUGGUAGAAAAACUUUCAAAUAGGAAAUAA